AUGCCGACAUCUGCGUUUCACCCGCACCACUCCCGUCAAUACGCGCCAACUCCUCCGCAAGUGGCGACCCCGCCCAGGCAAGCGCCUUUGCCAAAACUUACGGCCACUCCGCGACAGACCCCAACCGUUGAAGUCCGGAUCCCUCAGCCAGCCCCGGCAUCUCUAGACCACACGCAGCUGCUUCUUUCGUUGGCCGAUGAAUACAUAGCUGCUGCGCACAGCAUUGGGUCACGGGUAGCUCUGGCGCGACCGGAAGCGGAGGAGGACAAGUAUUACAAGCUUAUGGCUACAGGUCUGGGAUGCAUGGAGUCUGUGUUGAAGAACUUCAGGCUACAUCCUCGCAUGGAAGCGACACUGGUCCUCAAAUAUGCGGGCUUACUGUACCAAGAGACGGACAACGCGCUAGAGGUAGAGACUAUACUGAGCAGAGGGAUUACGUUGUGCGAGAGGCACCGCCUGAUCGACUUGAAAUACAGCAUGCAGCAUUUACUUGCCCGUGUUCUGUUCAAGACAAACCAUUCGGCGGCUCUGAAGUCCAUCGACAACGUGCUGCGCGUGGCUGAAGCGUAUAACCAUAUAGUAUGGAUAUACGCCUUUCGUUUUCUCCGGGCCUCGCUGUCUAUGAAAUCUGGUCUGCACGGAGAGUUGUUGUCAGCACAAAACAAUCUCCGCAAUGUGGCUAGCAUUGCUGAAAAACAAGGAGACAGUGCAGUCUAUGUGGCGGCUUCUGCCAUUGAGGCCAUGGUACAUUUGCACAUACUAAACUCGGAUAGCGUGGAACAAGCGCAACGGGCGAUCGCAUCGGCACGGAGCUUGCAACUACAGUUGUCGACACGAGAGCUUGGGCAAAUUGUUGCAUUGUUGGACCUUGUGGAUCUCGCCUGUAACCUACGGACCUACAAGCCAGACCAAGCAGUUGCUAAAAUGCGAGACAUGCAAGCGAUUAUGGAUAGUGCUGUUAAUGGGGACAACGGUCGAGACGACGGGAGCUUUGCCAUUCUGAUACAGCGAACCACCGGUGGUCAGACAACCGCUUCUACGGGUGGCAUCUUCCGAAAAUAUGCAGAUGGCCGAGACAUGCUCACUGUAUCCUGGAUGCGGCGACGGGAUCUAUGGACUCUGGGGUACUUUGUGAGCGGCGUAACUGCUCUUCUCAAAAACCCAACCGAAGACAAAGCUGAGAGCUACCUUAGAGAGGGGUUAAAACUCACACGCGAGAGCCUCAAUAAACCCGAUCUGACCCCGGUAUCUGUACAAGGCGCGUGCGAGCGGAUGGAAUGGCAUCUCUUACUCGAUUGGCAUCUUCGAAUGCAUCAGGCGUUUCUGGCCUGUAAUAAAUCCGACUGGAGAUCUGCUCGCUCCCAUAUCGCUUCGCUGAGCAACACGAUCCCUCAACCUUUCAACGAGCAAAGGAAGUCCAUGGAACGCUUUGUCACGUACCUUAAUGGAGUGGUUGAACAAGGCACUGGCAACAUUGAGGCUGCUCUUGAACAGUUUCAACUACUUCGCAAUUACCGCUCUACUGGUCGAGAUGCACAAGCCGAUCUCAGCAUACUCGCGUCUAUGAACUCUCUUCUUAUUCUCCGCGAUCCUAGACAUCCGAAGCAUGACCAGGCUGAUGAUCUGCUGAGAAGUCUAGAGCCUCAGUGCCUUACACACCCCAGCAAGUCCAUAAUCUCUGCGUUUUAUCUUCUAAGAGCAAUCUCGCACAGCAAAGAGUCUUCGAUUAUCAAAAUGAAGCAGUGCAUCCAGCAAGCACUCCACGCCGCCAAAUCCGUCUCUAACAAUCAGCUUCUAUGCAUUAGUAUGAACUACAUGACCGCAAUGUUCUUCACAAACAUCAUCGGCGAACAGGCAGAAAAAAGCGCAAAAGCCGGCAGGUCGCUCGCGAAGAGGGCGGGCAACAGCCUAUGGACCUGCGUAGCUGACGGCAUGCUUGCCGGGACAUAUGACAAGCACGGCAAUGUGGAAGGCGCAGCAUGGACUCGCCACGAGGCGGAACAGCUCAUUCCAACACUACCAGAACCACUAAAGCAAGCUCAGUAUCCGUCGGGAGUGUAA